AUGAUGAAGAUCGCAGUAACAAUCGCCGCUUGUAUAGCCGUAGCCAUAGCUGUUGAUCUACGACAGUACCAACGACGAGAAUACGUCAAUGCGGACGGAACGCCGUUCACUGGUUUUCCAACUACGUCUGGAUAUACUGCUACUGGUGCGACCAACGGAUACGUCGACCCUUACGCAGCGGCUGGUGGAUAUAAUCCUUACGGUUCAACUGGUGGAUAUAAUCCUUACGGUUACAACCCUUACAGUCCUUACGGAUACAACCCUUACGAUCCUUACGGUAAUGGUGGAAAAAGUAAGGGAGGCAAGAGUAAAAAGCACGGAGGCAAAAGCGCAUGGAAACAUAUGUAUGGGGGAAAGAGCGCAUGGAAACACGGAGGAAGGAGCCGUUACAAUUUUUAUCCACCACCACCACCUCCUAUAUUUGGUUGA